AUGCGGAUUCGAGAGGUAUUUCAUGAGACGCCAGAAGACUCUGUCAAUGAGAAUAGUCAGGGUUCCCGUCCAAGCGAGCCGAAAGAAGCGUCAAGUACGGAGAAGCCCCCCUUGUACGACUCCCGUCGACCGCAUUGCCAGCGUGACAAUAUCACGCAAAAGCCCGACAGCAGGGAGAUAGACAUGCCUUCGAUACCUAAAACUCAUCAAAUCAAAGUGUUUUCUGUAUCAGAUCGGAACUUAUUCUAUUGCUACGAAGCACAGAAAUGGACCGCUUGUCUCACACUUGAGACAUGUGAUCUAUCUCGCCUGAUGAAGGAGGGAUUCUAUUGGGAUAAGUCAUCCAUCGAACCCGAAAGCGGCUUCUUUCUUUUAGACCAAGAGGAUCUGCCAGAGAACGAAUCUCAAUGGGGAUGGAAGUGUGCUCGCGUCUAUCAGUGCUCUAAAAUGAGAGAGGGCAUAAUCCAGUGGAAAGGACAACUUCGGAUCUUAGCUCAGGAAUUGAAAACCUUGGCUGAGUUCAACUUGGACAUACUCACCGCGGAUGCUAUUCACUGUAUGAAGGUAAGAGACUCUGAGGAACGAAUUGUCUACAGAUAUUGCAGGCCGAAGCCAGAGGAGAGUUGCAAUGCCUACUACGAUCAUAUGCCCAUGGAGGGUUAUUGGCCAUGGCCGAAAAAGGAUGAGAUUCUUUAG